AGUCAUGGUGGGAAAGUGAAGGCGCCACACCUGCAGAGCUUUUAUUUUGUUAACUGGAGGCUUUCAUGGAGCAUUUUGUGACUUUUUAAAGGUGAAUGUGUUCUUAUGAGUGUCCGCUCCUUCAUAGAGGCAGCUUUUUCCUCCUGCUCUCGUUUUGAGCCGGAGCCCUCCUCCUCUUCCUCCCUCCAGCGGAGAGGAAGAGCGCAGACAAGUGAAUAACAAGGAGCGACGCGAGGGAGGAAGGAGUAGGAAACCUCAGAGCGUGUGAAUGGAACAGUGUGCGAGUACGGCCUCCCUGCUGGCCUCGGUGCGGGAGCAGGAGAGGCAGUUUGAGAUGCUGAGCCGAGCUCUGGAGGAGGAGCGGAGGUCGUGCGCCGGCACCUUGCCCCGCCCCCUCCCCACCUUGCAGAACGGUCGUAUUCCUUGUGAUGCAGACAUAGAGAGGCUGACACUGAGCGAGGGUUACAUCAACGGGACACAUCACUUCAGGAUGGAGCCUGGUCAGGUGAUGCAGGAGACGUACACGGUGGAGGAGGAUCCUCAGGAGUUGCCACCUGUUGUCUCAGUGGAGACCAGUGACGAUGGGACCACACGGCGCACAGAAACCACAGUGAAAAAAGUUGUAAAGACCACCACCACUCGUACGGUCAUCCCCUCCAUGUCAGACACUCUGUCCAUCGAUGGUGGCGGUUCAGGUGUGGGGGGCUACACUUCUUCACCCAUGGACCUGGGCUACAGGCAGGGCCCUGGAGGUGGCGUACCCAUGGACUACCCUGUCCGCACUGUGCCCCGCAACUACAACUACGCUCCUCCAGAGGGAUACAACGACUACCGCACUGUUCCUGAUGCGUACACGAGCCUCAGCAGGGGCGCUCGUAUGGACGAUCGCUACAGACCGGUCCAUCCAGAUGGUUACAGAACUCUGGAUCCGAGCUACAGGGCUCCCAGCAGAAACCAGUUGGACCCAUAUGCCGCUCAGCCCCAGGUCGGGCCUUCAGAGCUAUCCUCCAUUCCAAGGUUUGUCCCGGAUCCGUACGGUCUGGAGGAUGAUCAGCGCAGCAUUGGCUACGAUGAGCCCGACUACGGCAUGGGCAACCCAGUGCACUACAGAACCAUGCCCCUCAACCACCAUGCCUACGCUGGUGUACCCCCACGCAGGACUGGGAGUUACGAAGCUCUUUUGGAUGGUGACCUGAGCGGUACAGGAGACGUGUUCUUUUACGGUAGAGGGGCACCGUUGGCUCAAGGGGAGAGGGGAAGCAUGGCUUCGUUGGACGGUACCCUGAGGAAAGGACCCCCUCCUGGUGGUUGGCGUCAGCCGGAGCUGCCGGAAGUUAUCGCUAUGCUGAACUACAGGCUAGACCCCGUCAGGAGCAACGCAGCUUUGUAUCUGCAGCAUCUCACCUAUAAGAACGACAAAGUGAAGUCGGACGUGCGGCGUCUGAAAGGCAUUCCUGCGCUGGUGUCGAUGCUUGACAACCCAAACAGAGAGGUCCACUAUGCAGCUUGUGGAGCGCUGAAGAACAUUUCUUUUGGCAAAGAGGCGGAUAAUAAAAUCGCCAUUAAGAACUGUGAUGGAGUUCCUGCCCUGAUCAGGCUGCUGAGGAAGAUCCACGACCAGGACCUGACGGACAUCAUUACAGGUACGAUGUGGAACCUGUCGUCCCACGAUUCUGUGAAAAUGGAGAUUGUGGACCAUGCGCUGCACGCCCUUUCUGACGAGGUCAUGGUGCCCCAUUCGGGCUGGGAGCAAGGGAGCAACAGGGCGGGAGGCGGCGAGGAAACCUGCAAGCCCAGACAUCUUGAGUGGGAGGUGGCGCUCACCAAUACAGCAGGCUGUCUGAGGAAUGUAAGUUCAGAGCGAAGUGAAGCCAGGAGGAAGAUGAGGGAGUGCACAGGGUUGGUCGAUUCCGUCAUGUACAUCGUUCAGUCCCAGAUUGAUUGUAAGGAUAUGGACAAUAAGCUGACGGAGAACUGCGUUUGUCUGCUGAGGAACUUGUCUUAUCACCUGCACCGUGAAAUCCCCGGACAUGAGCGCUACCAAGAUGCCACGCCCAUCAGCCAUGGCCCUGCCCCCUCCGGCCAGAAGGGCGGCUGCUUCAGCUCUCGCAAGAGCAAAGAUGAGUGGUUUUCCAAAGGACCAAGAAAUGAGGGUGCAGCUAACGAACCGAUCGAUAUUCCAAAGAGGACAUCACCUGCUAAAGGCUAUGAGCUGCUUUUCCAGCCUGAGGUGGUCCACAUCUACAAAUCUCUUCUGAUGGAGUCCAAGAACCCCACCGUGCUGGAAGCUUCAGCUGGAGCUAUUCAGAACCUGUGUGCUGGACACUGGACUUACGGGCGCUACAUUCGUACCAUGAUGCGUAAGGACAAGGGUCUAGCUGUAGUCGCCGAGCUGCUGAGCCACAACAACGACCGAGUAAUCCGAGCCAUGUCUGGAGCCCUUCGCAACCUCGCCAUAGAUCCUUCUAACAGGGAUCUACUAGGUCAAAAAGCAAUACCUUCGCUUGUAGCGAACCUGCCUAGUGGCGCUCAGAGUCAACCGUUAAAAGCGGUGUCGGAGGAGACCGUAGUGUCCGUCUUGAGCACGCUCUACGAGGUGCUGGGCUCUAGUGUUGAAGCAGCCAAAAACCUCAGCGAAUGUCAAGGAAUCGAGAGACUGGUGCUCAUCAAUAAGGACGGUAGACGCUCUGACCGGGAAGUGCGUGGAGCCGGCCUGAUUCUGCAGAAGGUGUGGGGCUACAAAGAGCUCCGUCGGACUUUAGAGAAGGAUGGCUGGAAGAAGACGGACUUCAUGAUCAACCUAAAUCCUUCCAACAACAAUCCCAAAACCAACGGAGAACCUGAGGAAAGCUCUGUUCCACUCAUAGACAAAGGGGGCAGAAGGGACGGAGAAAUGAUUCCAAUGAACGACAUGGGACCAGAUGCCUACUCCACACUGGAUCCAAGAGGAAGGCAGAACUCUCUGGAUAACACACUCGAACCUGCUGACAAAGAUAUGGCUCAGAAAAACUGAUUGUGUGCAUCACAAGACGACAGCCUCCUCCCACUUACUGCCCUUGCUGAACUGACACUACGGGGGACCACAACACUACCGAUGGGACUUGACUCCAACAUUUCCACUCACUCCUUCUCUCCCUCCUCGCAGCUUCUCUCGUUUUCUGUCUGUGUUACAUUCCUCCUUUGCAGCGGGCACAUUAAUGAAAGGUCUCGUGGAUGUAAAGCUUCCUGUGGACAACCGUUUGUGACACUAUGACCACUCAAUCGACAACACUAACGCUCGUCGUGAACCAGAGACCGAGGCUUCGUUUGGGAACUUUUCUUUGGACUUUAAAGGAUCAGAGUCGGGACAUUUUCUGCUGAAAUUUUAAAUUUGUGUUGAUGACGCUGUUUGGAAGAAAUCUAAGGAAUGCUUCUUUCUGGUUAAACGAUACAAAAAUAAUUUCUAUUGCUGGGAAUGAUUGCCUUAUUAUUGCCUCUGUUCAUGUAGUGGUUGCUCUUAUUCUUACUUUGCUCUGUAACGCCACUUGUGUGCCGUGCCUGUGCCAAAUGACAAUGCAAGAAUUUGUCAUAAAAACUGGUGAUUUUUGUUCCCAAGCAGCAACAUCUGCUUUGUUUUAAGCAUUGCUUGUUACAUCCCAUCGCCAAGCUGCGCGGGGCUGUGGCAUUUUCUAAAUUCAGGUUAUUGAAAAUGUCUACACAGAAAUGCACACUCUUAUCCUUGUCGGAUGAUUUUUCUGUUUUAAUGUGAUCUUGGUAAUUUUUGGAAGACACUACAAGAAUCAGUAGAUGCAUUAAAUUGUUUCUGCUAGCCUUUAACCUGAUGAAUGUGUUUUUAAAAAAGGUCUUAGCUGUGGGUUAACUGGAGUGCCUCAUGUAUUAAGGAUGGAGCUGAUUCAUCCAAGAUAACCUGGAAAACCAUUGUCUUUUCACUGCAGCUUACAUGUUGCAGUACAGUUUUUUGAUGUAUGUAAAGUACAUGGAAAUGUUAAGUAUGGAGAAAUAUGAACUUGCGUGCAGGGGCGCUUAGUCUUGUUAUUGAUUUUUUUUAUUUUUUUUUUUAUGGUUUAACUCUUCAGAUCUGUCUAAUUUCCUGCUUUACAAAACCAUAACCUACCUGGCAACAUUUCCAAAUUUUGCCCGCAAUCUUUAGUGCAGAGUAAGAUGUAGAUAAUGAGUGGAAAAAUUGAAAAAGCACUAAGGGGGUAUAAUGUUUUUUUUCCUGUUCUUUUUUUAUAUUUUGUUUAUGCCAGUUGAUAAAUGACAGAGGAAGCCUCAUUCUCCCAAAACAGAAGUUGCCUUGAAGAAUGAAUUUUAACUUAAAAAAAGAAAG